GUAAAAUUGACCUCAGAGUAUACGAAAUCGCGCUUUCGUUUACCCGGAACCGGAAGCUAUGAAAUUAAAUUCCCCCCUCCCAGUUUCCGGUCAGCCACGCCCUCCAUCAGAGCACACCGACCGGGUUUGAACCGCGAUUGUUUUUGGCCAAAGAAAUCUAAAUCGAAGAAGAUUUUGCAAGUAACACCAGACAACAAGAAUUCUGAAAAUCCAAUUUACAAGUCAGGAAACGGAGUUGAGCCACCAAUUGUUGAGAAAGUAGAACUUGACCUUCAAACAAAACGAGCCAGCGUAGAAACAACAGACAUCAAAAAAGAGACUGCACCUGAUCCAGUUGCAUCUUCUAAAGAAAAUACUUCUACCUCAGAAGCAAAGGCUAAAGAAUUUAAACAGGACAUUGUGAAAAAGCCCAGCAGUGAACAACCAGUUUCCUCUCUACCGUUUGCAAGUGAACUUAUUAAAGCAUCACAAAAAAGAGAAAAACGUAUUGCCAGUGAGCUAUCCAACGCUCUUGCUAUUGCUGCUGAAGAAAGAGCUCGACUCAAUUCUGGCGAAAUGUCAGCUGAGCAAAUGAUAAAAUCAAUUGAGCGUCUUGAGACGGCGGUGGUGAGCCUGGAACGGGUAUCCACACGGCUUGAGACUAUUGCCAACACUUCCGGAAAGUUAGUUAAUGCAGGCAACUCUGAAGAAGUACUUUCACCGUUUGUAGUGGCUUACGAUGACAUUAUCAAGGGACCUGUGGCAACAUUUAUUGCCCUCUCUUCCAAGAUUAAUGGCAAUGUGAAGAUCCAAGCCGCCAUGGUGCAGGAGGCUUUCAAUGCUCAGCGAAGUUUCCUUGUUCAAGUAUCUCGCAGCAAAAAGCCAGCAAAUGAUCAAAUGAACCACCUUUUGAAUCCGACAAGCUCUAAACUGCAAGCCAUUCAGGAAUUGCGUGAGAAAAACCGUAGAGAUCCAUACUUUAACCAUUUAUCAGCCAUCAGUGAAUCAAUCCCAGCGCUUGGAUGGGUAACUUUGAAUACUCCAGUAUCUUACAUCAAGGAAAUGUCUGAUUCAGCACUGUUCUACACCAACCGUGUUCUGAAAGAAUUCAAAGAGAAAGAUGCAACUCAUGUUGAUUGGACCAAAGCUUGGAUUAAUGCCUUGAAAGAGCUUCAAUCUUACGUCAAAGAAUACCACACUACAGGACUGUCUUGGAAUCCACAGGGAGGGGAAGCAAAAGUCGUUCCAUCUGGCCCUGCAGGAUUUGUGGCCCCACCACCGCCACCACCUCCACCACCACCACCACCAGCCAUCGAUAUGUCAGUUUCCUCCAAAGAUGGUGGUUCAUCUGAAACUGACCGGGUGGCAUUAUUCAAUGACAUUAACAAAGGAACUGAUAUUACUAAAGGUCUAAAGAAAGUUACUGAUGACCAGAAGACCCACAAAAACCCAGCCUUACGUAAGGAUGGAGGAUGCCCCGUGAAAUCACCUACCAACGCCAACACUAAGAAAACUCCUUCCUAUGGUGGCAAUGCUCCAGUGACAAAUGUUCCUCUCAUAGAACUGCAGGACAAGAAAUGGAUCAUCGAAUACCAAAACAACAACCAAGGCAUCCAGUUAACAGACACCAGCAUGAAGCAAACUGUUUACAUCUACAAGUGUCGGAAUUCAGUUGUCAAAGUAACUGGCAAAGUUAAUUCUAUUGUUGUAGAUAACAGCACAAAAUGUGGAAUUGUCUUUGACGAUGUCAUUUCUUCCAUUGAAUUUAUCAACUGUUCAAGUGUCCAAUCACAGGUGACUGGCAAAGUUCCAACAGUGAGUAUUGAGAAAACAGAUGGAUGCAUGGUCUACCUUAGCCCUAAAUCUUUGGACACAGAGAUCAUCACUGCUAAAUCUUCAGAGGUCAAUGUUCUUGUCCCAACAGCCGAUGGAGAUUACACGGAGUUUUUUAUUCCAGAGCAAUUCAAAUCAACUUGGAAUGGUACAGGCAUGUCAACACAAUUUUGUGAAUCAUAGAUGGAACAAAAAGGGCCUUUGGUCUAACAAUUUACUUCUCAACACUACAUCUCCCUACACCCCAGCCUGUGGAUUUAUGAUGGGGGAGGGGUGUCAUUCUAAAACUUUUUUAUCCUUCUUUGCCUGUCAAUGCUACUGUCUUUGGCCUAAUUAUGCAACAAUGUACUUAAAAAUAAGAAUUUUUUUUUCCAAAUUUUCUUUUUUUUAUUUCAUUUAUAUUACUAUUGUACCAUUUUGUAUUCUUCAGAAUCAGAGCAGUUCUUUAUUUCAAACACUAUUUGAAUAAUACAAUUAUUAAUGAUAAUCAUUAUAAUAAAUAAAUUCUUCUAAAAAUACGAGGGAGAGAGAAAGAAAUGUAGAAAGUGCUGAGACUCUGUUGUUGAAGAAUUAUGAUUUAUGAAACUUUCUAUAACCUCUCAUCAAAUUCCAAUUUGAAAAA